GGGCGGGCUAUCGUUCAAGGAGCGCGAACGGUUAAGGACAGACGGCUAUUAGAAAAUGGCGAAUAUGAAGAAGUUUGUCGUCAUGAAUGUUGCUGUAUGGAAACUUUAACUUGUAACUUUACUCAGGCGUGUUUUCUUUCUGCGACGGGCGCGGAGCUAUUUUAAAAAACUUCGAAGCGCUGGACGUGAUUUGUAAGUGCGUUAACUUGAGUCUCGGUAGCUACCACAGCUAGCUAACGUUAGCUGGACCCUGCAGAGACAUGAAGUGUCUUCAUGUUGGCAGCUGUAAAUGGCGUCCCUGUGUCCACACACGGUGAACAACACGGGGGGCCACAUUUGCUGAACAAGUGACAACGGACCUGACUACACUUGAUCACCUGUUUUCAUGGCUUAUCGUUGAGUUUUCGCUGCAGUCGACGGCAUGGCUUUAACGUUACACAACCUGGUUUUUGUGAUCGAUGUGGAUUAUGGAGAUCAAGAUUCAGGCGAUCAGCUGGAUGUCAGGAAUCAUUUCGUGAAACGAGGGAUCUUACAGAUCCUGUUGCAUUUCAGCUGUAAAUAUGGAUUUGACAAAGUACGCUGGGGUUAUAAGUUCUUUCAGUCCAAGAGUGGCCGCAACGCCAGGCUCAUAUCGAGGGGGUCAGACUUCAAGGAGCUUCGCCACAAAACCUUUGAGGACUUUGAAGUGGAGUUUGAAGCGAAGUUUGACGUGAAGGAUAAACCGUGUCCUUCUCACCAGAAGAAGCAAUCGGAUCGGUCUGCUUCAGUUCAAAAUGCUCUCAAAGAAACCCUGCUGGACUUCCAGUGGGAUAGACCAGACAUCACCUCUCCCACCAAACUGUCCCUGAGGCCCAGGAGGUCGAGCCGAGCCGGACCACAAAGUGUUUCACAGGAGGAUGAUAUUUCAAACAACGGGAGGAAUGUGGUGUUUGUUGUCUCGGAUUGUCCACGGUCCAGGACACAACUAGUCAACUAUGUGUCUCUGGGAAACCACGACCUGCCUGCAGAUGUGACAGAGCACGUUUUAUCCAGGGGCCUUCACGAUAUGCUGCUCCAGAGACAGGUUGUGCUGCACUGGAUUGACAGUAGAUCACAUGUCCAGGUCAUGAGGUGUGAGGAUGAUCUCGGCUUUGAUAAGCUGUCCGAGGUCCUGGCUCAGGUGGGGGGCCGAGUGAUCCCUAUGGUUGCUCUGCUGAAUCUCUGCUGCGCUCAAGAGGUCUUUGCAUUCAAGUCCAGCAUUGGAUACCUGCUGUCUUCUAAAAGGCUCUACCGCCUGGCCUUUCCUGUCAUGGAUGGUGUUCUGCGAUGGGAGCAAGGUGACAUAACACAGAGCUGUGGCGUCAUGGUUGAGCCAGUGUCUCGCAGCCAGAGGCUUCUCCCAGAGUCAGUGGAAGUGUGUCUGAAAGGAGUGCUGCAGGGUUGGGAUGCCUCCUCACUGACACAGACCCCCAUAGACUCGUGGGUGCUUCAGUGCUCCAGCAGCGGCGACCAGGGAGCUGCUGCCUUUCAGCAUCUCCUGACGGAACUGUCCGCUUAUGAUCUGCACAUGCUUUCUGAGGUGAAUGACAGUGGCCUGGUGUGCUCGGCUGUCCUCUCCCCCUUGUCACACUGUACAGCUCUGCUUACCAUUCUGCAGUCUGGCAUCACUCAACAAGACCAGUUCAUGACCCCUGAAAUCAUUGCCCCCGCCACAGCAGAAAGCUCAGCUGAACUGCCAGAUGUUGUGAGCAGCGUUCUGGGAGUGGUGUACGAGAUCAUGGAGAAGGAUGGUGACACUGUUGAUGACCAGCCAAAGGAUCAUCAGGUUCCUGAGUGGGCUCAGCAGGAAAUCGGCAAAUGCCCACUAACAACAGGCAUGUUGGAGAGCUGGUUCCCUCAGUCAGACCAGUCAGGAGUGAGUCCUCACUUAAUGGAGUCAAUUAGGUUGCUGCAUGCAGCGCCAGAGCAGAAGGAAGAGGAGGAGUUGUCUGUCCUACAGCAGGAGCUGAUCAGUGAUCUAGCUGAAUUGUAUCAAACAUCCCAGGGUGCAGAUGAUAAGAGGGGCAAGAAACGUGGUGCCCAGCGCACACCAGUGAAAAAGAAGAUGAAGACCAUGAGCCGCUCCCUGCAAAUGCUGAAUGUUGCACGGCUGAAUGUCAAAGCCCAAAAGAACCAGAACGAGGCUGAGCAGCUGGGCGUCGAGUGCAAGGGGGCGGACAGACAAGGGAAGGGACGGUCAAACGACAGGAACAAAUCUGAAGCAGGCACCACCAUCAGCUUCACUUGUGAGGCGGAGCUGCUGUCCCAUCUGAACUCCAGUUAUGAGAAGACCGUGGCAGAGAGAGACUCGUCCCUUCUCACUGGUGUCCAGCAACUCCUGUCUGCUGUGAAAACCUUCCUAAUGGCACAAUCAGACCUGGAGGUAAAGAUCUCCCUGUUUGUCCAGCAACACCUCCUCAAGACCAGCAAAUCAAUCAGGCAGCUUUAUGGCACAACAGCUGAUGUUGAUAGCAAAAUCAGAGAGUGCCAGCUUCAGGCUUUGCUGAGGCUGGAGUUGUGCAGACUUUUCUCCAUGGAGCAGCCUGACUCACUCAAUGUUGAUCAGAUGGCAGAGGAGGUGGCUGAAAUGCUUAGGAUAAUUUCCUUGACAAAAGACCCAGUUUGCCUGGCAAGGUUCCUUCAGGAUGAUGUCCUCCCAGGGUUCCUGACCACCGUCCCCAGAGUGCUUGCAGACAUCUACCACAAUCUGGGCACCCAGCUCCCUGAGGCUUUGGUGGCUGUUCUACCUGCUGACUUCUUCAGUGACGAGUCAGUUGCCAAGGACAGUGUUUCUCCUUCGGCUUCCUCACCUCCUCUCUCCACACAGAGCCUGGGUUUAGAUGGCAAAGAUCGCCUACAGGACCUGCGAAAUCGCUCAGCAAAUAAGAGGAGGAGUGGGAUGUUGACUCGUCAUCGCAGUAUGACUGAAUCAUCACAGAAUCUUCGCCAAAUAGAGAUGCCUAAAAAGACUACAAGAGCUGCCAAAUCAAAGGUCUGUGUUGCUGUGGAGAAACCCGUUCCAGAACUACAACCUCAGAAACAAGAAACACAAGAGGUGACGAAGGUGAGAAGAAACCUGUUCAACCAAGAGCUCGUUUCCCCCUCAAAGAAGGCCAAGCUGCCACGCAGCCAGUCUGUGUCCGCUGUGGAAGGAUUGAAGCGCAAGCGAUCUAAUGAAUCUGAUGAGAGGCACAAACUACUCACAAAGAAAGUGUGUGAAACACCCGCUCACAAGCAAGUGUCCAGUCGCUUCCUAUACAGGCAGAAAAUGGGAAGGAGAUCUGUUCCAGCAGAGGAGUGCAUAGUGGAAGAGUCACCAGUAAAACCUGCAGAAGACCUAAGAAGGAGCCCGAGGAUAAAGAAGUUUGCUCGAAGACACUCCAACAUUUUCUACUCAAGUUCUCAAGCUUGCUCACGCAACUUGGACAGGGCUCUCUCUGCAUCCCAGUUUACACUCAGUGACAGCAAAAUCAGUGAGGUUAACGUAAAAGCCGUUCGGUCUCCCAUGCGUCUUCUUUUUGGAGCUACCAAGUCCCCCAGUCGUCUUUCGGACCAGUCUUAUGCAACCAGGGCCACCAGAUCACGGCUGUCCACAGACUCUAGUGUCUUUGAGAGUCCAAAUAAAACGCCAACGAAAUCACCCAGCAGACGUGGAAGGGCUAUGCAUGGCAUCACAACACCCAAGACACCCAGGACUCUACGGACCCCAGGGAGCCCCAAAACCCCACCUCCAUCCAGGAGGCAUGUUUUCUCUGUUGCAGAGAGCCCUGUAGCAGGGAUCUCUCGCAAACUACAUAUGGCUCUGAGAGGCAGUCCUCUCAGAUCUCCAGCUAGAAGGAUUCUUGUGGUAGAGACACCUACCAAGCAAAGCCCUGUGAGGAGCCCACUGAAGGGUAUUCUCAGGACUCCAGUCAAGGCUUUGGUUGAAUGUUCCUCCUCUUCUGGAUUACAUCUACGUAACAGUCCAAUUUCCAGGACUCCCAAAAGGAGCGUCACAUGGUCUCCAUCCCCUCGAAAAUGUAGACUGACAGAGAACAUUACCUUCAAGGUCCCCGAGUCUCCUCGCAUUGCAUCCCGCGCAUCUCCGAGACUGGUGAAAACACCCAACACAUUCUGCAGUCCUGUCAAAAGUACAAACACUAAAAGAGACAUUUUCAAGACUCCCGAAAAGACUCGUCAAGCCAAUAGUGCUAUUUUGACACUGGAAAAAAAUCAGAGGUCCUCUGAAAAACUGCAAAACAGGAUGAAAACGCCUGAAAAAAGUGACACUGUUAGUCGACUGGAAAUACCUUCUCCACAAUCCACCCCACCUCUAGAUCACUACCUCUCACCUAAACCCAACACAAGAACUCAAACCAGAACCCCCAGCCCUACUCAUCAAAUGAUUACUCGCUCUGGAAGAACUCCAGCCAAAAGUUCAAACAUUGCGUCCCCAUGUAAGCCAGUGUUUUCACCAGUAGGAGGUACUACUGUUUCAGAAGGAGCAGAUACUUUAGUUAAGUCUCCUGCAAAGUCCUUGACAAGAACAAAGUCUGGUCAAGGUGCAAGAGCCACCAGACAUAACUUAAGGUCCCAGUCAAGUGAGAAUGUUCCCUCCAAACUGAACGCUGAAUCUGCUGAGAACUGUGAGCAUGUGGAAAAGAACCUGUCAGAACCAAAAGAGGCACAGGCUGAAUCGGACUCUAGUUCCAACACAGAUUCACAGCAGUUCGACUCUUCACAUUUUAACUCUGCAUCCACAGAAGAUGAUAGUAUGGACAUUGUAGAUGCAGCAGUUAUAAAGGCUCAGUUUAGUGGAGGUCUCAAGAUGAACAUCAGCUUUUCACGGAAGCCAUCAAAGUCUGGUGACGACUUUCUGUUCAGCGCAGUCUCACCGAAACCACAUGUGCCACCCAAAGGCACACCCGGCCGGAGCUAUGGCUUCCGGCAGACCCCUGACCGGCAACAGAGAGAGGCUGCCGCUCGUUUGGGGUACGGAAAUGAAUCCCCUCGUUUUUCAACCCCUAGAGGGCUGGCAAGACCUAGUCGUCAAAGGGGCAUGGGUACUCUGGACCCUCUGACUUACCAAGUAGAAAUGGAAAUGCAAACAUCAGGACUUCCCAAGCUCAAAAUCAAACGCACAGAUUCCAUGAAUGUGGGUGAUUUGACCUCAGGAUCUCAGAGCCCAUUAGUUGGUGUGAAACCUUCUCUGCUGGAAAGCCCCUUGGCUUUAUUCUCCAAGCACAGAGAUCCUGGGUGUGUCUCACCAUCUGUCUGUACUCAUGUCACCCCGGCCAAGAGCACGCCUGGAAAAGGUGGAAGUGUCCAAACUUACAUCUGCCAUUCUUAUACCCCCACACGCCAUCAAGCAGGAACAAUGUCUCCAGUGGCAAUGGCAGAGAUCAUUCCCUUGACUCCUUCUCCUCAGAGUGUAGGGAAGGUGACCCCAGACAACCUCAACAGCUGGCAUCGCAGGAAGAGAGCUCAGGUUGAGGUUAUUGGAUGCAAGGAUCAUGGCCUGAAGGGCGAGCCUUUGCUGAUGGAGUUGCUGGAGGAAGCUGAGCUUGGAGUUAGCAGAUUGCAGGACGUCGAGGACACAGAUGAACCCUCAAACAACAUGGCAGAUGCAUCUCCUCCUCUUCCUCUACUGGGAGACUGGAUGGAGAAGCUUGCUCAGCAGGCCGACUGCGCUGAUCCUCUGAGAGCAGAAGAAGACAUGAUCUGGGCUGCUGGAAAUGGAGAUGUCAAAUCAUUGGCAACUCCUCCCAGUUCAAAGGUGAGAAAGCCGGUGACGGCGAGCGGGAUUCUGGCCCUCACUCACUCUCCACUGUUGUUUAAGGGCAAAGCAGGCUCUGCCAGUAAGAGAGCAGCACAUUUUAAAGAUGAAGCUGCGUCAGGAAGGAGGACAGAAGUGGAUGCUGUGGAGGUCUCUCCCUUGAGCCAGCCAAUCAGAUGCUCAAACACAGGCAAGACCCACAGCAGGAAGAGACUUCUUUAGUGAGCAAACAGACCGUCCACACCGUGUUUUACUGUGUUUAAGUGUGUGAGCCUUUCUCUGCCAGCCUUUGUCAGCAGGGCUUUUGAUGGCAGAUCUGAAAGAAGGCUUUCAGGCACCACUUGCAAAGGCUUUGCAGAUGAACAAAUGUUUUUUUUAUUCUCCUCCACCAACACUUUUGACCCCAUCACCUUCUGUUCUAACCAGUGGCUUCUUUUUAAUCAGGACAUUUUAAGAUUGAACAUCACAGAUGUGUUUUAGUUGGAAAGCUAUGCAUCGCUGCCGAUAUGUUUAGAAUUGUUUUCUGCAUGGGUCCUUCUGAAGCAAACAUUUUGGAAAACAGUGAUGUCAAAUGUUUUUCAAAACUGUAAUCAGCAAGUUUACAAUCAAGUCUUGUAAAUCUGUCACUAUAAAUACUAUUCAUGUUUAUUUAUUAAUUUGUGUUCUUGUCAUAAACUUGUUAAGUAAAAGGGAAUCCUUGAUUAUUGAGUCAUUGUAAAUAUUUUAUGCUGCCAAAGUUUUAUGUAAAUAAAUAUCAGUUUUCUGAA